AUGCCUCCAGGCACGAGCCCCGUAUGUGUGUACACUCAUGGCUCGCCCACUAUGAGGGGGGGCACCCUUACAAAUGACGCAUUUUUGGCACCCCGUCCACUCGGAGUAAAGCCAACAUGGGGCCUGAGUAUUCUAAAAGAUGGGUGGUGGUGGAAGGAAGUCCUUCGCCUCGGAGAAGCAACUGAUGCGGAUGAGCGACAAGGCAGCCAGGUUUGUUGA